AUGACGGCAGGAGAAUUAGAAGAGACGCUGAUCUCGCCGGAUGACUGGAUGGAGGGUGUCGGUGUGGCAACGCUCGAUACGGAGACCAAUGUACUCGGAGACGGUAAGGUGGGGCUGGAGGUCAACACGGUCGGUACCGAACUUAGGAUCGGAACAUUCGAUGAAACUGGCAACACCGAGCUGGGAACUGAUAUGACCGGGAGCGAAGUUGGCAGAGAGGUUGGCAGAGACGACGGCACGGAGAGGGGAAGAGAAGCUGGAACGGAUCCGGGGCUAGAGCUCGGACUCGGGUUGACGACGGGCAAUGUGGUCCGAGAAGAGCUUUGCCCAGGCCCGGGACCAGGGUUGGAGUUUGGCUCUGAGACUGGUGGGGUCUCUGCGGGGCUCGGAGACGGUGCUACGACAAUGGGUGAGCUGGUGAUCACUUGCGAAGUCGCUGGUACCGAUGCCGGAAUGCUCGAGUUCGUGAACCUCAAGGAAGAUGAGGGGCUGAAGACUCCUGAUGCGGGUGAUGUGGAGGCGGAAGCUGUGGUUGCGGAGGUUGAGGAAGAGGACGAGGGCGUCGAUGAUGAGCUCUCCGUCGACGAAACACUGGAAGAAGUGGAGGUGGUGCUGAUCGUGGAAGAAGUACUCUCACUACUGGUCUCUGUUGCGCUAGAGAUGGUCGAUGAAGUACUCGAGGUCGAAGAAGUAAUCGUACUACUUGUGACGGUUGAGCUUGAAGAGCUAGUGGCGCUGGUAGAUGUUGGUGUAGAUGAGGAUGCGGUGCUUGAUGUGCUGCUGCUCGAGGAAGUUGUUGUGACCACGGUCGAAGAACUCGUGAGAGUGCUAGAGCUGCUACUCGAACUUGAUGUUGUGGAGCUCCCAGGUAAGGUUGAGAUAGGCUGGUUACCGUAG